GGCUCUCGUCUGGUCUUCCGGUGGCGAUGGCUGCGGCCGUGGCUGGGAUGCCGCGAGGGGGUCUCCUGCCCCAGGCGGGCCGGCUGCCCACCCUCCAGACUGUCCGUUGUGGCUCCAAGGCUGUUACCCGCCAUCGUCGUGUGAUGCACUUCCAGCGGCAGAAGCUGAUGGCUCUGACUGAGUAUAUCCCCCCAAAACCCGUGGUCAACCCGAGAUGCCUACCGUGUCCUCCCAGUCCCCCACAGGAGGAGACAGGCCUUAUCCGGCUCCUCCGUCGGGAGCUAGAUGCAGUGUUCCGAGAGAACCGAAUGAUAGCUGUCUGUCAGAAUGUGGCUCUGAGUGCGGAGGACAAGCUUCUCAUGCGGCACCGGCUGCGGAAGCAUAAGAUCUUGAUGAAGAUCUUCCCCAACCAGGUUCUGAAGCCCUUCCUAGAGGAUUCCAAGUACCAAAACCUGCUGCCCCUCUUUGUGGGGCACAACUUCCUGCUGGUCAGCGAGGAGCCCAAGGUCAAGGAGAUGGUGCGAAUCUUAAAGGGUGUGCCUUUCCUGCCACUGCUCGGUGGCUGCAUCGACGGCACCAUCCUCAGCAGGCAGGGCUUCAUCAACUACUCCCAGCUUCCCAGCCUGGCCAUGGUGCAGGAGGAGCUGGUAGGAGGACUCACCUUCCGCAUGGCCCAGACCCACCUCUUGCUUCAGCACCAGCCCUUCCAGCUGACGGCCCUGCUGGACCAGUACAUGAGACAGCAACAGAAGGGGGACUCCGUCGCGCCAGCCAGUGGGCAGCCUGCUUCUCCUGACCCUGUUCCGAACUCCUAGCCAGCCUGUUGUACCCAGUCUGCCCGUAAACAUACUCUACCCCUGUUGCCUGCGCCCUCAUCCAUCAAUCAGAAAUGUGGAAGCACUUGGGGUGGGGAGUGGCAUUCGUGACCUGACUCACUGACCCCGACUUCCUCAGAUACAGGGCCACCCAGGGAUGCAGAGACACCCCAUUUCCGAAUGAAGGCUCUGAAUUGCUGUCUUUGUCCCUAGUGUUCCCACCCUGGGACCUAACAGGAGUGGGCUUUUGGCUCUCCGGGUCCAGGGCAGAGAAGCUGAUCAGAUGAUGAGGUUGCCCUCUGCCUCCAUGUCUGCUGUCCCUUGCUGCACGUGUCUCCCGGCCUACCCCCUCGUGGGCCCGCCGUGCUGCAAUAGUCCCCCUCGGUACUUGUGCUGAGAGUGACAUCUGUUGAGAGCCAGGCUCCGUGCUCACCACUUGACACACCUCCAUUCUUCUCACCAUGUCACCCUAACAUCCCCCAUUUCACAGAGAAGUUCAGGAGUCCGCCCAAGGUCAUGCAGCUAACAAGAGACCGAACAGGUGCUUGAACCAGGCUCUCUCUGCUCUGAAGACCAUGCCCUGGAUUUCUGCCCUCAAGCUUCCUCAUUAGGGUCUGGGGUGUGCCUGAGUGUUAAUUCUCCACCCUCAGGGUGUGUCACGUUAUGGAAAGGUUGGGAGCACUGCUUGAUGAUAAAAUGAAAUGCAUUUUACUUUCUCGGUUUUGCUGUUUGCAAGCUUAUCCUCCG